GUGAACCACUCAAGACCUUCUGACAGAUCUGAGAUCAGAGCAGCAAUUCUCCACUAAAUGAAAACUACACUAUCUGAUUGAAGUGUAUGCAGGGACUACUAGAACUGAAUCCUUGGAACAGAACUUGGUUGUAUCAAGUCUUUCGACCAGCUGAAAAUGAGCGGUGCUAAAGACUCCGAGGAGAGACCCCAGUGGGACAACAAGGUCCAGUACAUGUUGACAUGCAUUGGCUUUGCAGUUGGACUUGGAAAUAUUUGGCGUUUUCCCUACCUUUGUCAAAUCUAUGGAGGAGGUGCAUUCCUCAUCCCCUACCUCAUCGCUUUAGUGUUUGAGGGGCUGCCCCUGCUCUACCUGGAGAUGGCAAUAGGACAACGGCUCCACCUGGGCAGCAUUGGUGCUUGGAACACCAUCUCACCACUGCUGGGUGGGGUCGGAAUCGCCUCCAUGGUUGUGUCAUUCCUGGUGUGUAUUUUCUACAACACCAUCAUGGCCUGGGUGCUCUGGUACAUCUUUAACUCCUUCCAAGAUCCGCUGCCAUGGAGCCACUGUCCUCUAAAUGAGAAUCGCACAGGUUACAAUGAAGAGUGUGAGAAGAGCACUCCAGUGAAUUAUUUCUGGUACCGUGAGACACUGAACAUCUCGCCUAAUAUUGAGACGAACGGCUCUAUACAGUGGUGGAUAGUCGUGUGUCUGGCCAGUGCCUGGUUCGUGAUCUACAUCUGUUUCAUCAGAGGCAUCAAGUCCAUAGGAAAGGCUGUGUAUGUGACUUCCACCUUCCCUUACCUGGUACUAACCAUCUUCCUGAUUCGUGCCCUCACUCUGCCUGGAGCAACUGAUGGACUGUCGUACCUCUUUUCUCCUGAUUGGGAAAUACUGAAGAACCCUCGUGUGUGGCUAGAUGCUGCCACCCAGAUCUUCUUCUCUCUUUCUGUGGCUUUCGGAGGUCUCAUAGCUUUCGCCAGCUAUAAUGAAGAGAAAAACAAUGUUGAGAGGGACACACUUGUAGUCGGAAUAAUAAACAGCGCCACAUCUCUGUACGCCUCUAUUUCAAUCUUCUCCAUCCUGGGAUUUAAAGCCAAAAAUGUCUUUAAUGCCUGUCUACAAGAAAACAUCUUGGCUCUGACCAACCACUUUGAGUUAGCAGACCAGAACAUUACAGUGGACAACUAUGAGAACUGGUUUGAGUAUCUAAACCAGACCUCUCCUACUGAGGUGGCCAGUUUGAACCUGAGGCACUGUGACCUUAAAACCUUCCUUGACCAGAGUGCUUCAGGUACUGGCCUGGCUUUUAUUGUGUUCACGGAGGCGGUGAUAGAGAUGCCAGGCUCCCAGGUAUGGGCCAUACUGUUCUUUGUUAUGCUCUUCAGCUUGGGCCUGUCCUCCAUGUUUGGCAACCUGGAGGGAGUGCUCACACCCAUCAACGACCUCAAUCUGGUGCCUAAGUGGAUCCCUAAAGAAGUUGUAACAGCCAUCAUCUGCCUGAUAUCUUUCCUAAUAGCUCUCAUCUUCACCCCGAGUUCAGGGAACUACUGGGUGGAGGUUUUUAAUACCUAUGUGGGCUCUGUACCUCUGCUCAUCAUUGCAUUCAUGGAGAUUAUUGGAGUCAUCUAUAUUCGGGGAAUGAAAACAUUCGCUGAAGAUAUCGAAUUCAUGAACGGGAAGAAGCCCAACAUCUUUUGGAAGGCAUGCUGGAUGGUAAUCAGUCCUGUUAUGCUGUUGGUGGUGCUGAUUGCCUACGUGGUUGUGCAGGCACAGCAACACCCAACCUACCCCACAUGGAACCCAGAUUACGAAUUAUUCCCCAAACCUGAAGUAAAGCCAUACCCAGACUGGGUUUUUGCCAUAAUCAUCCUCAUCAGUGUGGUCCCAGUGAUUUCCAUCCCUACCGUGGCCAUCUACAGACUGACCCGCCAUGGACUCAAAAGAUCCUCAGCUCCCACUGAGCACAACCCCUACUGCAAUGACGGCUUUGAGUUUGAAGCACGGGAACAGAAGAACCAGAGUGCCUAGGAAACAAAUUUACUGAAAACCUCUUCCCCAUGGUCAUCACCACUACAAUGGAUCUUUCUUCUUGAAUCAGGAGAGUCGACAUAUAAAUCAGUCACUAUGAACUUGACUAUUCAUUUUUUUUAUGUUUACAUUCAGCAGUACUGUGAGGAGCUGGCCUCACAACAGGCAAAUCACACGUUUCCUCAAAGAUGGAUUUAUUGGACAGUGUAACACCACACUGAGACACACGCUUUUCUUUGCUUUCAAGUUCAAACAUAUUAAUAUUAACUUCACAAAUCAGUAAUGUAUUGAACGUCAUCACUGUGUACAACAUUUAACUCACUCACUGUAAUUAUUGACAGUAUUUCUGUGAGCAGAUUGAUAUCAUGGGUCCUUAAUGGAAAACUAUCAGGAAGUGUAAAUCAAAGUCCAGACAGAGUAACAGCUCAGGGCUGUGACCUGGUUCAGUUCUGUAAAUUGGGGAUAUAAACUUAUUCAUCUUUACUGUUAUAGAUUAUUGUUUUAUGGACUGUGUUGGCUUCAGUACUGGAGUGCCUUAUUUAUGAUGUAAGUAGACCGAGAGGCUAUUUUCUCUCUUUUUACAGACUCUGUGAUGGACAUGAAAAUUGUUUUGGUAAACUAACAGAUUGGAAAAUCCCAUCGACUGAUUUCAACACACUGCUCAUUCGAGUAUGAGACAAUGAAACCUAAAGAGAAAAAAACAACAACUAUAUUUUGAUUUUGAGUUUGAAUAUCUUGAAUUUGGAGAUUUUAAGAUAAAACCUAGAUUGAACAUGUCAGUGAAGCUGGGCAUCAUACCUUUGCCGAGGGUUUCAAGGUUGCUGGGUGCUAUAAAUGUGGCAUGCUGGUAGUCUACAUCUGGAUGGCCAAGAAAUCCACCGGAGUCUUUGGGUUAGUGGCCUGUCGGACUCUGGCCAACCUCAGAUCCCCCAGACGCCGCUCCAGACUGCGCUUCCCUGACCACAGAUGACAGAAGGUAAUGAGAUUGAGCUUUUAUUUUUUGAUGUGAAUGGUUAUAUGCAUCCCAACACCUGUGAAAUCAAAUGCAACAAUAAACCAACCUCAGCAUAGGUUAGAGUUAGGCAUGUUAAGUUUGGUGUUUCUCUCACAGUCCAUAUUCAAAGAUAUUGGCCUCCCUGGCUAAUUGUAGCAAGACUUGUAGUGAAAGAGAUAUGUGCUUAUUAUUCUCAGACCACCCAUAUGUCAGUGACUGUAUUCCGAAACAAAUCAAUUUGCACUACUAAAAUGUGACUGUCUUGAUAGAGGCUGUAAGCAGCUUUAUGUUCUUUAUUUUUCCAAUAAAGCUUUUGCAUAAAGUGAAACAUGA